GUCUGUAUACCGGAAUCGUUGCGGUCACCUUAUGGACUAUGUUCUCUUCUCCCAAGCGCUUACACGGCAUAUUCCUGCGUACAGUCAUCAUCAUGCUUUAUGUUCUUGCGGCGAUAGUGUUCUCAAUAGACUGGGUGUUUAUACGUCGCGCGUUCAUUGAGUACGGCGACAAUUAUAUCAUGGUAUUCGGGGCGAUAGUAAAUGACGGCCUGUGGUGGAGACUGAGCUACCUCGUCAACGACAUCACCGGUGGUAUCAGCACUCUUUUAGUCGAUACCACAAUUAUAUGGCGCUGUUGGGUGCUCUGGGAUCGUCAGUGGCGAAUCGUUUCGCUGCCGAUUGUUUGUACUAUAGCUGGAACGGUCAUGAAGGUCAUCCAAAUACUGAGUACUUUUCGCGAUUCUACUGGCCAUGAUAUUAGCGAUGCCGGAGGUUUUGCAGCAAAAAUUGACUGGUCACUGAUUUACAUCUUGAUGACGCUCGUCACAACUCUCUUUUGCACACUCUUGAUUGUGUAUCGGAUUAUCCGCUUUGCGCAUAGGUUAUUACUCUUCCGAAGCAUCAUUUAUGCUCUGACCGAGUCCUGUGUCAUCUAUUCACUGGCGCUGAUCGUGUACCUGGCACUUGUGGGGAAGAACAUGCGGGCUGCCUUUUAUGCGGACACUGUUGCAACGUAUGUUAAGGUCAUUGCACCGACACUUCUGGUACUAUGCGUAGCAGCCAGUUCGAAGUCCCGCUCUAGUAAUGAGGAGACAUCCAGUUCCAGUGACUUAACGGGGAUUUGCUUUAGGCGGAACGAUGAAAGCAGCGGUGACGAUGUUGGUGACGCGAGUGUCCCUGGAUCCCACAGAGCAUACACAGCUGAAAGUGUAUGAAUUCACAUCCAUCUUCGUGGAAUGCUCCACUCUGAAAUAAUUACCUAUCAAACAUAUACCUUAUAGGACACUGCGUAGCACCAGUCAUAAUUAGAUACGUACAAGACAAGAUAUAAUUUAUAUAUACAAAACUGUUCGGGUCUUC